CAGCAUUUCUCCACAUUCAUUUUACCUGUGCAUAGAGGACACUCAGGUGAACACAUGGCAUCCAAUACAGGGCAAACGGGCUACCUACCCACCGGAGCGGCCUUAUUCUGCACCAUACCCGACAUCUUCUACGUAGUAGAGCUUGUUUUUGGCGGUCUGGUGUUGUGUCUAGUAGCAUCUACAAAGCUCGUGUCACCCUUCGAGAUUGCCGUCCUGCCAAACUCCGACUUAACCGGCUUACUGACCGUGUCAACCCCCAGCAACCCCCAGGCGUAUGUGAUUACUGUGACAAUUUUCUGUUUCCUCAUGACAUUCACCUGGUUGAUAGUCUUUGGCACUGGGUGUCAUCGUAACAAAAGCUCUUGGGCAAGCGCGGAUGUUGCAUGCCAUGGAUUUGCAUCACUCCUCUAUCUCAGUGCUUCUGUGCUUCUAGCUUUAGUAACCAUUGCGUUUGGUCUUGUAAACAAAGACGCCAUUAAUUACAAGCUGAAUAUAGCUGCCGUGGUGUUUGCCUUUUUCACCACUACACUGUAUGUCAUCCACACCAUUUUCUCAGCCCUCAGAUGGAAAUCCUUCUAAAGCAUCUGCACACAACCUGAUUUACUCAUAUGAUUGUCUGCCUCAUUAAGCAAAGUUAUUACAAAUGUCAUAUAAUGCAUCAGUAAUAAUUCAUGUGAUAAUAGAUUUACUGUCCAGGCUUCUUGUGUUCUAUAAAAUGUAUACAGACUAUUUUUUAAAACCAGUUUUUACUUUUUUUGUAAACUAGUCUCACCUUAGGUAUAAAUUAUUGUCAUUUCUGUAUGACUUAUCUAAUAAAGGAGAUUAUGAA